GGUGCACCGCGUGGAGAGCUCAACCGAGAAUUAAAGUGAGGGAACAAAGAGACCUCCCAGCUGCCGCCCGCCAGCGCCGCGCAGCUGCAUCGAGAGAUGCGGAUCACACCCGGAAGGCUCUUGGAAUCCGCCUCCCCGAGACCAGGGCUCAAGUAAAUAAUUGAUGGCGAUUGAUCCGGCCCAGAACAAAGCUCUGCGGAAAACCAGGGCAUCCGAUUCCGAGUGGCUUUGGAAGCUUCUGCCAAGGAAGGGGUAUGCGAGUGCAGCGGGACCUCUGAGCGCCGCGCCGGGUCUUCCAUCUCGGGCGUGGCUCCGGCCCUUUUUUGUCUGCUUGCCACCCGCCCCUCCGCCUUCUCUUCCCUUUUGAAAAUAGCCUCUCUUUGGUUACUUCUGCCCUGUCCUCCCUUGCAAUCCCGCCUCCUCCCCUGCCCAGGCCGGUGAGGUCAGCUCAUGAAUAUCAGUGCACUUCCCGGGGAGCGUCUGGCACGGCGUGGUACCUCGCGGGUUCGCCGGCUCCGAGCCGCAGCUCCAGCACGGCCGCUGACGCCGAAGGAGUCAUUCGCUCUCCCGGCCGCUGAGUCUCCGCGUUCACGCCAUUGUUUGGAGAAAGCGAGUGGGUGUGGAACUGGUGCGAACCGGCCCAGAGUGAAAGUGCUCAGCCAGUCGGUCGCAUAUACAACACGGCGAAGUGAAACUUUCCUCGUCUCCUGAAGACACAGUAAUAAAUCCUGAAGUCCCCAGAAGAUCAGAAGGAAAGAGCUGUCGAUUGACUUCAAAAAGCAUCGCCUCUGCUAAGAAAUUAGAAAGGAAGGUUGGUGGCAGUGAAGAGGGAAGCGAAUGAUCUGGUGAUGGACUAUUGUAAAUCACGUCCCUUAGAUUCUUCCUAGACCGCCAUGAGUCAGCCACCGACGGGGGGCGCUGCCCCUGUCACAGCCGCGGCUCCUGCCGCUACCGGUGCCACUGAGGCUCGCUUGCACCCGGAGGGCAGCAGCAGAAAGCAGCAGCGUGCUCAGUCACCCGCUAGACUGAGGGACAAUUCUGUCCGACAGGCAACCUCGACCACCCGGGCCCCAGCAGGGGCUGGCACUAAACUCAAUUCUAGUCGACAGCAGCAGCUGCAGCAGCAGCAGGGCAACAAGACCGGGAGCCGCUCAGCGCCUCCGGCCAGCGCCCGGGGAAGCGGAGGUGGAGCGGAGAAGGCCGCGCCCCCGGCGCCCAAGGGGGCGGCCUCGGGAGCUGUCCAGCCUGUAGCUGGUGCUGAAGCAGCCCUAGUGGCGACGGUGGCCCCGGUGGGUGUCAGGAGGCCUGGCCUGUCCGAGGAGCCGCUCCGGGAGCUAGAGGCCGCGUCCUCUAAACUCGGGGAACCCCCUCCGCUAGGGGAAGGAGGAGGAGGGGGUGGGGAAGGAGGAGGAGCCGUCAGUGGCUCCGGGGAAAGGGAGGGGGGCGCUCCGCUGCCACCGCCGCCGCCCAGGGGCUGGCGAGGGAAAAGCGUCCGCGCUCAGCAGAGGGGCGGCAGCGGCGGGGAGGGGGCCUCCCCUUCGCUAUCCUCCUCCUCCUCUGCGGGCAAAACCCCAGGCCCCGGCAGCAGAAAUUCCGGGCUUGGCGUGGUGGCGGGUGGCGGCGGUGCUGGAGGGAGCUACUGGAAGGAAGGAUGUCUGCAGUCUGAGCUCAUCCAAUUCCAUCUGAAGAAAGAGCGGGCAGCGGCGGCGGCCGCGGCUCAGAUGCACGCUAAGAACGGCGGCGGCGGCAGCAGCAGCCACCGCAGCUCUCCGGUCGCCGGCGCCCCUGCUGUUUGUGAGCCCCUGGCGGUCCCUCCCGCCUCCCCAAUGGCGGCGGCGGCAGAGGGCCCCCAACAGAGCGCAGAGGGCAGCGCGAGCGGCGGGGGCAUGCAGGCGGCUGCGCCCCCUUCGUCGCAGCCGCACCCGCAGCAGCUCCAGGAGCAGGAAGAAAUGCAGGAGGAGAUGGAGAAGCUGAGGGAGGAGAACGAGACUCUCAAGAACGAGAUCGAUGAGCUGAGGACCGAGAUGGACGAAAUGAGGGACACUUUCUUCGAGGAGGACGCCUGUCAACUGCAGGAAAUGCGCCACGAGUUGGAGAGAGCCAACAAAAACUGCCGGAUCCUGCAGUACCGCCUCCGCAAAGCAGAGCGCAAGCGGCUCCGCUACGCGCAGACGGGCGAGAUCGACGGCGAGCUGCUGCGCAGCCUGGAGCAAGACCUCAAGGUUGCAAAGGAUGUAUCUGUGAGACUUCACCAUGAACUGGAAAAUGUGGAAGAAAAGCGAACGACGACAGAGGAUGAAAAUGAGAAACUGAGGCAACAGCUUAUAGAAGUUGAGAUAGCAAAGCAAGCAUUACAGAAUGAACUGGAAAAAAUGAAGGAGCUAUCUUUAAAGAGAAGAGGAAGCAAAGAUUUGCCAAAAUCUGAAAAAAAGUCUCAGCAGACUCCCACAGAGGAGGACAAUGAAGAUCUGAAAUGCCAGUUGCAGUUCGUAAAGGAAGAAGCCGCUCUGAUGAGAAAGAAAAUGGCCAAGAUUGACAAAGAAAAGGACAGAUUCGAACACGAGCUCCAGAAGUACCGAUCCUUUUACGGGGAUCUGGACAGUCCUUUGCCCAAAGGAGAAGCCGGGGGUCCGCCCAGCACCAGAGAAGCCGAGCUCAAGCUGCGGCUGAGGCUGGUGGAGGAAGAAGCCAACAUCCUGGGCAGAAAGAUCGUGGAACUGGAAGUGGAGAACCGAGGCCUGAAGGCGGAACUGGACGACCUGCGGGGCGACGACUUCAACGGCUCGGCCAACCCCCUGAUGAGGGAGCAGAGCGAAUCCCUGUCGGAGCUGCGGCAGCACCUGCAGCUGGUGGAGGACGAGACGGAGCUGCUGCGCAGGAACGUGGCCGACCUGGAGGAGCAGAACAAGCGCAUCACGGCGGAGCUCAACAAGUACAAAUACAAGUCCGGGGGCCACGAGAGCGCGCGGCACCACGACAGCGCCAAGACCGAGGCCCUGCAGGAGGAGCUGAAGGCGGCGCGCCUGCAGAUCAACGAGCUCAGCGGCAAGGUCAUGCAGCUGCAGUACGAGAACCGCGUGCUCAUGUCCAACAUGCAGCGCUACGACCUGGCCUCGCACCUGGGCAUCCGCGGCAGCCCGCGUGACAGCGACGCCGAGAGCGACGCGGGCAAGAAGGAGAGUGACGACGACUCGCGGCCGCCGCAUCGCAAGCGAGAAGGGCCCAUCGGCGGCGAGAGCGACUCGGAGGAGGUGCGCAACAUCCGCUGCCUCACGCCCACCCGCUCCUUCUACCCCGCGCCGCCGCCCGGGCCCUGGCCCAAGAGCUUCUCCGACCGGCAGCAGAUGAAGGACAUCCGCUCGGAGGCCGAGCGCCUGGGCAAGACCAUCGACCGCCUCAUCGCCGACACCAGCACCAUCAUCACCGAGGCGCGCAUCUACGUGGCCAACGGGGACCUGUUCGGACUCAUGGACGAGGAGGACGACGGCAGCCGCAUCCGCGAGCACGAGCUGCUCUACCGCAUCAACGCGCAGAUGAAGGCCUUCCGCAAGGAGCUGCAGACCUUCAUCGACCGCCUCGAGGUGCCCAAGUCCGCCGACGACGCCGGCGCCGAGGAGCCCAUAUCCGUGAGUCAGAUGUUCCAGCCUAUCAUUUUACUUAUUCUCAUUCUUGUAUUAUUUUCAUCACUUUCUUACACAACAAUAUUUAAACUUGUCUUCCUUUUUACACUGUUUUUUGUACUGUAAACCUUUCAUCAUUUACCA